GGUUCAGAUCCACGUGGGCGCGUGUGUAUUCAUGUACACGCGGGGGAGGGGAACUAACAGGUUUAAGAAUCUGCAGGAACUGAUGUCUGCCUAACUAGACUUAGGACUCAUGGGUUCCGCCCGAGAUCAGCCAGUGCAUUACAACACAGCCCCCUAAAUGUCUUCCUGCAACGUGCAAUCUUUUAUGUUAUGCUGUAUUAAGAUUUCUUUUCUGUGUCAUAUUGUUUAGCUCCGAAAAAAAAAUAAAAGAAAACAAAGCAAUUAAAAAGAUUGACAGGUAUGGUUUGUGUGAGACCUAUUUGUAAUUGUCAGGGUGACGUUGGCGAGAGGAGGAGGAGUAAAAAGUGAGGCAGGAAAGCAGCUCGAUGUGUCUGUCUAUCAGUUGAGACUGUCUGAAAGCUCUGCGAUCCGAAUGUGUGUUAUAUUUCACUGAAAAGAGGAGAGAGGGAGAGCGCAUCUCCUCUCUCCCAGGAGUUUGGGGGGGACAGUACACGCUCAUCUCGCCCACCCAGUGAAUGUCCGUUCUUCACCCCCUCGGUGCACACUCUCCGGGUUGUUGUUGGCUUAUUUUUUUGGAGGGGGUGUGUGUUUUUUUUGUGUGUGUUUUUCGAAAAAAAAAUUUUCUGUUGGAAGAUCAAGACCGGCCAAAAAUCCACGAUCAAAAUGUGUUUGCAUUAGAUUUCUCCUCGGAAGAAGCGGCGAUCCUGGCGGCCAGGCCCCCCGGGGGCAGCGCGGGGCACGAAGUGGCGCUCCGGCGGGUGACACUGUUUGAUCUGUGACUGUUUGGAAGGUGGAGCGGCGCUGACAUCUCCCCCGGCGCAUCUUAUGUUCCCGAGGAAGAACUGAAGGCGGCCGAAAUAGAUGAGGAACACGCGGAGGAUGGCGGGCUGCCUUUGGACAUUCAGGACAGCGACUUCGUGUGCAGUGAAGAGACAGAGAUCAAAGAGGCCCAGAGCUAUCAGAAUUCCCCGGUCAGCACCGCCACCAAUCAGGAUGCCGGCUACGGAUCGCCCUUCAGCGAGGGCAGUGACCAGCUGGCCCAUUUCAAAAGCUCCUCCUCCAGAGACGAGAAGGAGGAGCCGCAGUGUCCAGAUAGUGUCUCCUACCCCCAGGACAGCUUGGCACAAAUCAAGGCCGUGUAUGCAAACCUGUUCUCCGAGUCCUGCUGGUCUAGCCUCGCCUUGGAUUUAAAGAAGUCCGGUUCGAACACCAGCAACAAUGACGGCAGCCAGAAGGAGAGCUCCACGCCGGCCCCCGCGCCCCCUACCAGCACCGCCAGCACCGCUGCCUGUACCACGGCCACCACGGCCAUCACCAGCUGCAGCACCAGCACCAGCCACAGCAGCAGCACCACCAGUAACAACAGCAGCAGCAGCAGCAGCAACAGCUCUGGGUAUGACUGGCACCAGGCCGCCCUGGCCAAGACCCUGCAGCAGACCUCGUCCUACGGGCUGCUGCCCGAGCCCAGCCUGUUCAGCACCGUGCAGCUCUACAGGCAGAACAACAAGCUGUACGGCUCCGUGUUCACCGGGGCCAGCAAGUUCCGGUGCAAGGACUGCAGCGCGGCCUACGACACUCUGGUGGAGCUGACCGUGCACAUGAACGAGACGGGCCACUACCGGGACGACAACCGGGACAAGGACUCCGAGAAGACCAAGCGCUGGUCCAAGCCCAGGAAGCGCUCCCUGAUGGAGAUGGAGGGGAAGGAGGAUGCGCAGAAGGUGCUGAAGUGCAUGUACUGCGGGCACUCCUUCGAGUCCUUGCAGGACCUCAGCGUCCACAUGAUCAAAACAAAGCAUUACCAGAAAGUGCCUCUGAAGGAGCCCGUGCCAGCCAUCGCCAAGCUGGUCCCGUCCACCAAGAAGCGAGCGCUCCAGGACCUGGCAUCCCCUUGCUCCCCGGAGCCCACGGGCAUGGCCACGGAGGUUGCACUGAGUGAGUCGUCCAAGGACCAGAAAACGGCCAACCCCUACGUCACGCCCAAUAACCGCUACGGCUACCAGAACGGCGCCAGCUACACGUGGCAGUUCGAGGCCCGCAAAGCCCAGAUCCUCAAGUGCAUGGAGUGCGGUAGCUCCCAUGAUACCUUGCAGCAGCUCACGGCCCACAUGAUGGUCACUGGCCACUUCCUCAAGGUGACGACCUCUGCCUCCAAGAAAGGAAAGCAGCUGGUGCUGGACCCCGUGGUGGAAGAGAAGAUCCAGUCCAUCCCCCUGCCCCCGACGACUCACACCCGGCUGCCUGCCUCGAGCAUCAAGAAGCAGCCGGACUCCCCUGCAGGCUCUGUAGCCUCAGAGGAAAAGAAAGAGCCAGAGAAGGAGAAGGAGAAAGCUCCUCCUCCGGCAGCCGGGGAUGCAGAGAGAAAAAUCAAGGAGGAGACGGAGGACGCCGCUGAGAAAUUCGAACCCACCACCCUCUACCAGUACCUGCGCGAGGAAGACCUGGACGAUAGCCCCAAGGGGGGCGUCGACAUCCUAAAGUCGCUGGAGAACACUGUGUCUACCGCCAUCAGUAAAGCCCAGAACGGUGCGCCCUCGUGGGGUGGGUACCCCAGCAUCCACGCAGCCUACCAGCUGCCGGGCACCGUGAAGCCGCUGCAGCCGACGGUGCAGAGCGUGCAGAUCCAGCCGUCUUACACCAGCGGCGGGAAGUCACUGUCCUCCACAGAGCACAGCGCCCUCCUGCACUCCCCAGGGAGCCUUACACCCCCACCCCAUAAGAGCAACGUGUCUGCCAUGGAGGAGUUGGUGGAGAAGGUCACCGGCAAGGUCAGUGUGAAGAAGGAGGAGAGGCCCGCCGAGAAGGAGAAGGCCUCCCCGGUCAAGGCCGCCUCCCCCGUGGCAAAGGAGAAUAAAGAUCUUCCCAAGUCAGAGGAGACUGGGAGCAAGCCGCAGAAGAAGGGCGUAGACGUGGAAGCUGGGAAGGCCAAAAAGGAGGGUCCGUUGGAUGCUCACACCCCAAAUGGUACAGAGCCUCUUAAGGCCAAGGUCACCAAUGGCUGCAGCAACCUGGGCAUCAUCACAGACCACUCUCCGGAACCUUCGUUCAUCAACCCCCUGAGUGCCCUGCAGUCCAUCAUGAACACCCACCUAGGGAAGGUGUCCAAGCCUGUGAGCCCCUCUCUGGACCCGCUGGCGAUGCUCUAUAAGAUCAGCAACAGCAUGCUGGAUAAGCCCGUCUACCCCACGACCCCUGCCAAGCAGGCCGAUGCCAUCGACCGCUACUACUACGAGAACAGCGACCAGCCCAUCGACCUGACCAAGUCCAAGAACAAGCCCCUGGUCUCGGGGGUGGCCGAUGCUGUGUCCUCGCCCCUGCGGGAGAGCGCCCUCAUGGAUAUCUCAGACAUGGUGAAGAACCUCACGGGCCGCCUGACUCCCAAGUCCUCCACACCCUCCACGGUGUCGGAGAAGUCGGACGCGGACGGCAGCAGCUUUGAGGAGGCCCUGGACGAGCUGUCCCCUGUCCACAAGAGAAAGGGGCGUCAGUCCAACUGGAACCCGCAGCACCUGCUCAUCCUCCAGGCCCAGUUUGCCUCCAGCCUCCGGGAGACCGCGGAAGGCAAGUACAUCAUGUCGGACCUGGGUCCUCAGGAGCGGGUGCACAUCUCCAAGUUCACGGGCCUCUCCAUGACCACCAUCAGUCACUGGCUGGCCAACGUCAAGUACCAGCUGCGGAGGACAGGGGGAACCAAGUUCCUUAAGAACCUCGACACAGGGCAUCCUGUGUUCUUCUGUAACGAUUGUGCCUCUCAGUUCAGAACUGCCUCCACGUACAUCAGCCACCUGGAGACGCACCUGGGCUUCAGCCUGAAGGACCUCUCCAAGCUGCCACUCAGUCAGAUUCAAGAGCAGCAGAGCGUCUCCAAAGUCCUCGCCAACAAGACUCUGGGCCCCCUGGGGUCAACCGAGGAAGACCUGGGCUCCACAUUCCAGUGCAAGCUCUGUAACCGGACUUUUGCGAGCAAGCAUGCAGUAAAACUGCACCUUAGCAAGACACACGGCAAGUCGCCAGAGGACCACCUGAUCUAUGUGACCGAGCUGGAGAAGCAAUAGUGUCCAGGUGUGCAAGGGACCGUGGAACGUUGCACUACCAUCCUGAUUGUGCUGCACUAAGGCCUGGCCUGAGCCGCUGAAAUCAGUCUUUCCUUUGUUGCUGAACUGCCUAUCUGGACUUGGUUUUUCUUACACAUAUUUUGUAGUUAUAUUUAUAUGCUCUUUGUCUGAUCUGUGCAUGUUAUUUUUCUUUUUUUCCGUGAGUCAAAGUCUGACCUUUAUUUUCAGCAUCCCUUCUUGAUGUUAAGCUAUCUUUUGUAGGAAAUAGUGGGGCACGCUCGGAGACAUUGUUUAGCGGUAAAGGAAGAUACAAAUAGCAGCGAUCAAGAGACAUCCUAAAAUUACGAAGUUGCCAUGACAAUAAAGGUCACAGGACCUGGUAGUGUCGAGUUUAACCCUUUGAGGACUUUAUCUCUGUGCCUUUCACUCAAAAAUUAAAAAAAAAAAAAUU